UCUACCCCAGCACUAGACAAUAAGAACCAGAUGUGCCAAUAUAGCAAAGAACCAGAUGUGCCAAUAAAGCAGUUUCAUAACUUAAUGGCUCCAUAGGCCUCUGUUCCUUGCGUGACAGGGAUACAAACCAUAACGGGGGUGGUGUCACGUGGGCCAACAUGAACGGCUGAAGUUUAACUUGUUGCUCAAACAAGUUCGACCAAAGCACACACAUCAGUGGUUUCAUACCUGCGCAACGAGAAGACUGGAGGAUGGACGCAGCAUACAAAAAAAUUAACGGGGACUAUCCCACACCUGACAAUGGCAAAGAGAGGAGAGGCUCCAUGUACCUGGAGGAAGAGACCAGUGCCAAGGCGGGGGUGCUGUCCUGCUUCUUCUCCCUGAAGGAGGAGGUUGGGGCGCUGGCCAAAGCCCUCAGACUGUUUGAAGAGAAGGGCAUCAACCUGAUGCACAUCGAGUCUCGCCCGUCGCGACUGAACAACCAGGAGUUUGAGUUCUUCAUCAGCGUGGACACCAGCUACUCCAAGUCCCUUGACGAGGUCAUCGAUGGCCUGCGCACCGAGAUCAGUGGCCACGUGCACGAGCUCUCACGCAACAAACAGAAGGACACAGUUCCAUGGUUCCCCAAUGACAUCCAGGACUUGGAUCGCUUUGCCAACCAGAUUCUGAGCUACGGAUCUGAGCUGGAUUCUGAUCACCCUGGCUUCACAGACCCAGUGUACAGAACCAGGAGGAAGGAGUUUGCCGACAUUGCCUACAACUACAGACAUGGCCAGGUCAUUCCCAAGGUGGAGUACACAGCGGAGGAGAAGGCCACAUGGAGCACAGUGUUCAAUGAGCUGAAGACUCUGUACCCCACGCACGCCUGCCGCGAGCACAACCGUGUGUUCCCCCUGCUGGAGCAGUACUGCGGCUACAGGCAGGACAACAUCCCCCAGCUGGAGGACAUCUCACGCUACCUGCAGUCGUGCACAGGUUUUCGGCUGCGCCCAGUGGCUGGCCUGCUCUCCUCUCGGGAUUUCCUGGCUGGUCUGGCCUUCCGAGUCUUCCACUCUACACAGUACAUCCGUCACCAAUCCAAGCCCAUGUACACACCUGAGCCGGAUAUCUGCCAUGAACUCCUGGGUCAUGUUCCUCUGUUUGCUGACCCCACCUUUGCCCAAUUCUCACAGGAAAUCGGUCUGGCUUCCCUGGGUGCCCCCGACGAGUACAUUGAGAGGCUUGCUACUGUCUAUUGGUUCACAGUGGAGUUUGGCCUGUGCAAGCAGGGCUCUGAGAUCAAGGCCUAUGGAGCUGGGCUUCUCUCAUCAUUUGGAGAGCUGCAGUACUGUUUGACAGACAAGCCCAAGAUUCAACCAUUUGACCCUGCAAAGACCAGCCUCCAGAAGUACCCAAUCACUGAGUUCCAGCCCAUUUACUUUGUUGCAGAGAGCUUUGACGACGCUAAAGAGAGAGUCAGGAAAUUUGCCGCCACCAUCCCCAGGCCUUUCUCAGUGCGCUACAAUGCGUACACCCAAAGCAUUGAAGUCUUGGAUAACACCCAGCAGCUGAGAAACCUGGCUGACAACAUCAGUGGGGAAAUUGGGAUCUUGUGCAAUGCCCUGCGGAAGAUGGAGUAAGGAGACCACCUUCAAUACUGAUGUGCGCAAUGAUAGAAUCUCAAUGUAUUUCAUCAAUCUUGUAGAUUUCCAUUUUACUCUUUCUACUUAUAAUCUGUGUGCUUGUCCAUUAUAACAUCUACUGCAUUCUGCUUCAUCUUUAAAUAAAUUAUUCAUAAAUACCUACUGCAACCCAGACGCUAGUCAUUUUAAGUAGAACAUUUUAAUUUUAGUAGUCAAUAUUAGAGUAGCACUCUCUCAAUGAAUCACACAGACAUACUACUAGCCAAUGAAAAUGGCACAUCGGAAAAUUUGUCAGUCAUUGUAAAUAUGAAGUUACAUAAAACAAAUAUUAACUUUAAAAUAAGUAUUCUUUUAUCAUACCUUUUUCAGUAUGUUCUAGAAAUCCAACACCGCCACUACAGUAUUGAUAGUUAACCGAUGUCAUUUUCUGUAACCAGCUGAGAAGGAUUACAUUGGAAUAGUGCUGUUCCAGAACUAUUAGCUCAGGCUUUGACGACGAUUUAAUUCGCACUUGAGUAUUCUAUCUAUAUUGGUUAAAUCGCAAAUGGCAAAAAUAAAUCCUUGCAUUAUGUUAUAAAUAGCUAGGCCUAUAUAACACAAUAACGAAAUACAAUGUUUAUGUCCAGCAUGUUAUUAGAGAAUGUGUUUGAUUAUAUCCUGAAUUCUGAUGAAUCCAAAUGAUCGACUGUUUUUUCAUUCUUUACUAUCACAUUUGUAUAAUAUGCAUGAACAUGUGUUAUUAUUAACUUGACAAAUAAAUGUAUGCUAAAAUGUGUUAUUUCA